AAUUCUACUUGCCAAAUCUUCCGAUUUUAGGGUUUCUAAUUUCUCGUUCCCAUUCUCAUGGACGCAGCAGAAGAACACCAAUCCAAACCAGGUCUCUUCGAUCAAAUCCUCCCUCCCCGUCUCGAAGACGCUGGACUCGAGGAUUGUGCCCUUCCUCCCGAUUCUAUUCGCGAAGCCUUCUUCAAGGCCGCCUCCGCUAUCAAAUCCACGGCCACCGCCUUUCUUUCCUCCGACGACGGCGACGAUUCCGAUGGCUACGGUGUCGAGGAUAACUGGUCGCCUAUUGCCUCUCUACCUACCGAUGUCGUCACUGGAAUCUUGCCGGAACUGGAUCCUCCGGCAGCUUGCGCGACGGAUAAGGGAUUGAAACUGCCGGAGUUUGAUGUCGAUGGGGUCGUAGUAGGGGGAAUGGAGGAGAGGAGAGGAAAGGGUUGUGUGGUAGAUGUAUUGGAAGGGCUGGAGGUUGGAGAUGAAGCCAAGAAGAAGAAGAAGAGCGGUGAAGAAGAAGAGCAACCUAUUUUAGCGGAAGGUUUUGCUUUAAAUUCAGCAGUUUAAUUAAGGUCUGCGAAACUCUGGGUUACAAAGUUCAAUGAAGUUCUUGUUAUUGAUAGUGUACAACUUGGGAGUUAGAGGGAUUUAGUGGCUGAAUUUCGGGUGUUCUUUCUUCGUUUGUGAAUAUAUAUAUUAGAUGACUUCUUGA